AUGCGUGUUUCUGCUUCUCUCUCUGUGGCUCUUUUGGCCGGUGGCGUCGCUGCUGCUCCUACUCCUGACGGAUCUAGCCAUGGCGCAACACUGAACUACCAGAAUCAAUGCCCCUUUACAUUCCCUGCCGUUGAAGUCAGUAGCCAACGUUACUCGCAUGACAUUACGUGGUCCAAGGGUCGCGACGGUUCAAACUUCGUUGACUGGAGGACGUUCAAAGCAAACGGAGCCAACUUGGGAGGAUGGCUCGAGAAAGAGAAGACCCACGACCCUAUCUGGUGGGAUUCUGUUGGUGGCGCCGAUGCUGUCGAUGAAUGGACGCUCUGCCAAACCCUCGGCAGCAAGUGUGGUCCCAUUUUGGAGGAGCGCUAUGCCUCGUUCCUCAACACCAGCACCAUUGACAAGCUUGCCAGUGUCGGUGUGAAUACGCUCAGGAUCCCGACUACAUACGCAGCCUGGGUAUCUGUUCCUGGCUCCGAACUCUACCACGGCAACCAGCUGAAGUACCUCAAGACGAUUACCCAGUAUGCCAUCUCCAAGUACAAUAUGCACGUCAUCGUCGGUCUUCACUCGCUGCCCGGUGGUGUUAAUAACCUUGACAUUGGCGAGGCUCUCUUCCAUGACGCCUGGUUCUACAAUGCCACCAACCUCGACUACUCCUUCCAGGCUAUCGACGGCAUCCUUAGCUUCAUCAAGUCAAGCGGCUACAUGAAUGCCUUCACUAUCGCGCCCAUCAACGAGGCCUCUGACAACCUUGCUGGCUUCGGAACUGCCGAUGGUCUGUCUGUCAAUGCUACGAACUGGAUCAACACGUACAUGGACGGUGUUCUCAAGAAGAUUGCCAAAGUCGACACACGUAUUCCUAUGAUGAUCCAGGAUAACUUUAAGGGCGCUAGCUACUGGGCCCCCUUCUACGAUGCUUCCGCGAACAUCGUCUUUGACUCACACGUCUACUACUUUGCCGCUGCCGGUACCUACUCUCAAUACGUCAACCCUGCUGUAUGUGGCCAGGCCGCCUACAUUGCACAGGAGACCAAGUUCCCGGUGUUCAUUGGCGAGUGGUCGCUCCAGACUAUGUACAACAACAGUCUCGCCGGCCGGAAGACUAUCUUCGACACGCAGCGUUAUGCUUGGAACAAGUAUGUUGCUGGUGGCACUUUCUGGACCGCUGUCAGUUACGCCAAUACUGCUGUUGAUGGUGAGGGAAUUGUGCGUGACUACUGGAGCUACAUCGAUUUGAUCAACCAGGGUGUUAUCACCAAGGCCACGAACGAGUCUUACUGCUAG